CGACCAUUCGGGUGUCAAGGUCGUUCCAGUGAGCACUCUAGAAAGCAUGAAGCUGGAAGUCCAAGAUAUGGAGCGAGUAGUUGCGGAUAAGGAAAAGCGUAUGCGGCGACUGAAGGAAAUCUGGACGGCGAAGUCGUCGGAAUUCCGCGAAGCUGUUGCGUCCCUGCUGGGAUAUAAACUGGAUUUCCUUCCCAAUGGUCGUGUCCGAGUCACGUCGAUGUUCCAUCUAUCAGCUGCUUACAGACAUGGUGACCAUGAUGCUCCAUCGGACUCCCGGGGCCCAGGAAGCAUGGGCAACGGCGAGGAAAACUCAAUAAUCUUCGACGGAGAAAACGGUACGAUGAAGAUCUCGGGUGGUCCCAACAGCCUCUUUGCCAUGGAGAUCAAGCAUCUCAUCAAGUUCUGGGUCGAGGAGAGGAAGGAUAUUCCCUGUUUCCUUGCCGCUAUGACGCUGGACUUUUUUGAUAAGACCACGAGAGCCGCACGCAUGUAGAUGUACGAUUCUGCCCAAAGGGCAUGUGGUUUAGUUAUAUUUUGGUCAUGCAAAUUUUAAUGUGAUUCCCCG